AUAAAAGCGAUCCUAUGGCUCUCGUACGGACGCCGAGAUUAUUUUACUGCAAGAUUUUUAUUUUUACAAGACUGCUCAAUUAAAAUCCCUGCCAAUAUGCUACCAGGACAAGAGCGCGCUGUGCCUCUGUUUUUAUGUUCAAUGAAAACUUUUUUUUUUCUCUAGAAAAUAAAUGACGCAGCAACCGAAAAUAUUCUGAUAUUACUUUUAUUCUUAAAUGUUUAUUUGCACAGUGUCGGGUGUGCACUAAUUCCUAAAAAAUUCGGGUUAAAUUCCCAAAACCUUCUUCUAAAAUGUGACUAAUUCUCAUAUAAAGCUGGAAACAAUUUCAUCAGAGUACAUCUCUCAGGCUGAAUGGAGAACACGGCUGGUUAUAAUUCCUAUAAAUAAGUCCUUUAAAUGCGCACUUCCUUACUAAACAGUACGCCAGAGCAGCAGGCCCACCUAGGCGGCGUACUAUUUUGACAUAAGCUGCUAGUUAGUGUGGUAGUGUGUGCCUGUUGGCCGUAGCCCGAGUCCGCCUCUCCUCCUUCGCUAUGGGUCCUACCUUCGGGCGCUGAGUCACGUGACUUGGCUCUCGCCGUGAAGUAUAGAGGGCGAAUCGGGGAACGGUUAUAUGAGGUGCUAUCAGCCUGUGAUACCGAGUCGCAACGCGCGAGGAGAAAACUUUUCGCGUUUUAAACACAGGCUUCUGCGUUUCCCACGACAAUCCUUGCAUUCCUUAUAAUUAAUCCGAGGACGCGGAGAAGAGGAGCCUUCGCCUGAGGUGCUGCUCGACUGGGGGGAAAGAGGGAGCCGAACUUUAUCGCCCAGCGCCCUUAUCUGGAGAGGAGUCUUGUCUGGCCGAACCUACCGGAGUGGAGCUUCUGGACGAACUUCACUUGCACUGAUCAUUAUUUUCUUUGUUUUUGUUUUUGUUAUUUCUUUUUUUUUCUUCUUUUUUUUUUUUCUCGAGAUAUUACUUUUCGUACGAACAGUUUAGGAGAUUUGGUCGUGCAGCAUGUACUCGAGCUUGGCCAUACCUUCCAACCCAUCCCCGUACGGGCACGACUCCGGGAACUACGUGCACGCACCGGCCAGCUCGCCCGUGUACGUGCCCAGCACGCGUGUACCCGCCGCCGUGCUGCAGUCGCUGCCCUACCUGCAGCCGUGCGAACCCACGCACCAGACGCACGCGCUCGCCGGCCACCAUCACGCAUGGCCACCGCAAUCUGCAGCUGACGGCUCGUCGUUCGGCGCUGGAAGCCCGCAUGCUCACGCGCCCUCCGCCGCUUUCUCCUACACACACAGUCCCCCUGCGACCGGCGGCGGCGGCAGCUGUGGCGCUCGCGACCCCGCGUCCUAUCAGAGUCCGCUGGCGCUGAGCGGCGGCGCGCGCGGCCACGACCAGUACAGUGGUGCUCUGGUGCGCUCCGUGGGCGCGUCUUAUUCGAGCCCUUACGCGUACAUGGGCCCCGACGUGAGCGGAUCAUGGGCUCCUGGUCAUUUCGACAGCGGUAUGAUCGGACUACAGGGACGCCAGGGAACUCUGACAGGCAGAAGGACCGGUCUAGAAAUGUUGGAUGAGAUGGCGGUGGAGGGACGAGAGUGUGUGAACUGCGGCUCCAUCUCCACUCCGCUGUGGAGGCGCGACGGAACCGGCCAUUACCUGUGCAACGCCUGCGGCCUCUACCACAAGAUGAACGGCAUCAACCGGCCUCUCAUCAAACCCCAGAAACGACUGACUACGUCCCGGCGGGCAGGCCUGUGUUGCACUAACUGUCAUACCAGCACGACCACACUGUGGAGAAGAAAUGCAGAGGGGGAGCCUGUGUGUAAUGCCUGUGGCCUCUACAUGAAGCUUCACGGGGUACCCAGGCCACUAGCUAUGAAGAAAGAAAGCAUUCAGACGAGGAAACGCAAGCCCAAGAUACCUAAAACCAAAGCUUCCUCAGGGUCUUCUGUGUCUGGCACUACCUCUCCUAGCUCCCAUCCCAUUUCAGAGAAUGCUUCAACAAUAAAAAGUGAACCCAACAUUGCCGCCUCACCAUACGCCGGUCAAACGGUUGUGUCUGUCACACAGGCUUCAACACAGUUAAGCAGCACAAGCUCGGGCCAUGUGGACAUCAAAUACGAGGACUACUCGUUCACUCCGACAUCCAUCGCCCCACAGAACACCUGGUGCGCACUGUCCCAAGCGUGAUGCAGCCCGAGACACUGCCGUUCCUAAAAAUCACCCCAGUGCAAUCUAGGAAAAAAGACUUUAUGACGAGAACUACCUAUUACACAGCCGACUCUAACAAGCAAAAAAAACCAAAAAAAAAAAAACGGACUCUGGUGGAUGCUAGUCGAUGGGAAUAUAUGAACUGAUAAUACAGUUUGUACAGAGUGUAACCGAUGCUUCAGUGUCUUGUUGUUCAGUGUAAAUUUCAGGUCAUACCUAUUCACAUUUGUGGUGUGAGCAACAGCAGAUGACUCAACAAGGUAUUACAGGUUUUUAACCUAGAACCAAAAUGAAGGACAAAAAUCAAAUGCACAUAAAAAAACCCCACAAUUUUUCAUGUUUUGCUUCUUCACAAAUAAUUACUUUUUAAGAUACAUUAUUUAUGUUGAGAUAGGAACAGUCCAGACAAGUCGAGUUAUUCAAUAUACUCUUUCUUUUUUUCCUGGCAGGGAAUAUAUUUUAUGGUCAUAAUGACAUUUGAACACGUACACAGAGACACACACAGACACACACACAGGCUUUUAAAGUUUCCUCAUUGCUUCUACUGAUUCGUAAUGCUGUCCGUUAAUCUGAAGUGCAAUGACUCACUUUUCCAAAGCUUUUGAAAAGGGAUGCGAUUAUUUUAAUUAUUUUAAGAGUUUGUUUUGUUCUCUUCAAAUAUAUUAACCUUAAUUUUAUUUUUGCUGUACUUUGUUGAUAUAUAAUGGAAUUACACUUUUGUUUUAUUGACUAUAAAACUCAGUAUCAAA